AUGGAGUCUCUUGCCCCCGGAGUCCUCCUGCGAGAUAUCGGUCGAGGAACCUGCGGAAGUGUGUUCGAAAUACCAGGAACAGCACAAGCAAUCAAAAAAGGUGCAAAUGCUGACGCACUAUGGAACGACUUCCUCUUGACCAACCGAGCCUACGACAGCUACCUCACCUGGAAGCGCUUGUUGGCAGCAUACUUUCCCCAACGCCGUCUGCCCCGCGUGCCUUCAGCACAGCGUUUCAACGGUCCGGAGGCACGCGACUUCUGGGCGGCGAACCUUUCACGAUUCCCGCACGCAGACCAGACCAUAGCCGCAGCUUUCCACCUCGAUCAAAUUCUGCCAGUGCCUGAGUUGACGCGGAAAGCUCUCGUCCGACUAUUCUUCCAGGAAGACGAGCAGGUACAGAACGACGUUCUCAACGACCCUCCAAACAAAGACUGUCUCGUUCGCCUCUACUUCGGUCAGAACAAUCCAAACUCCAGCCUCUACGGGCCAGGCGACACCCUCCGAAACUUUCCUCUUUACCUUGAUCAGGCAAGGACGAUUGGGCUCGACGUCGAUGCAUAUGCGGAAGAGAUGGCAAUUGGACUCGCCACGCUCCACUGGGAUGCACAAGUAGACGCACAAGACACCGAAUUCGUCAUCGGCAGCUCGACAGCAAAGCCAUUCCGCAGCGACAAUCCAGAUCCUGGAUCUAACAAGCGUCCAGUAUCGUCCAUGGACAAUUUCACACAGCGAGAGACCCAACUAUGGAUGCUGGAUUUUGACAAAUGCUCCGAGGUUGACCUGGAUUCGAAAGAUCCCAUGUCAGAUGUGGUUAACAAAUACCUCGUCGCAGUCACCGGAAACGACCCCUACUUCCCACACCCUCGUCUCGAUCCCGAUCUUUGGCGACAUUUCCGCAAAGCCUACCUCAAAGCCAGCGAUUUCAUCAUCAGGACCCGGCCACGACUAAAGCGGCAUGUCUCGAAGCUUCCAACGAUGUUGAUAGAGCAGUGGGAGCAGUGGGGAGAUAGGGAUGUAGAAGCAGAGGAUUUCGACCCGUUUGAGAGAGUUUCAGGAGAUGAGGAAGUGGAAAGUGAGUCAGAGGUGGAUGAUACUGACGCGGAAGACGACGAUUCCGAGGAGGACGAGGACGAGGAUUCACAGGAAAGCUCGGAGGGCGAAUGA